AGCCAGCCAUAGUAUCUGGUGCUAGUUAGAGCCACCAAGACUUCUGCAGCAUCCUUGACUGGGGCUCAGCCCUGCCAAUUUAGGGAAAGAUGUUAGGGGUUCUGGUUCUCUUGGCUUCAUUUGUCUUCCUCCUGAUCUUGGCAGCACCCUACAUCAGGAAAGCAGUUUCCAAAGGAGUAUGUACAUCAACUGUUCAGCUUCCUGGAAAGGUAGUAAUAGUUACUGGAGCCAACACAGGCAUUGGGAAGGAGACGGCCAAAGACCUUGCUCAGAGAGGAGCUCGAGUAUAUAUUGCUUGUAGGGAUUUACAAAAAGGGGAGUUGGCAGCCAGUGAAAUCCGGGCUAAGACGGGAAACCACCAGGUGCUGGUGCGGAAGCUGGACCUGUCUGACACCAAAUCAAUACGAGCUUUUGCUGAGGCCUUCUUGGCAGAGGAAAAACAGCUUCACAUCCUGAUCAACAAUGCAGGAGUGAUGAUGUGUCCCUACUCUAAGACAGCUGACGGAUUCGAGAUGCACAUCGGAGUCAAUCACUUAGGUCAUUUUCUUCUGACCCAUCUGCUGUUGGACAGGCUGAAGGAAUCAGCCCCAUCAAGGGUGAUAAACCUGUCUUCCUUGGCAUUUCACCUUGGCAGGAUCCAUUUUUACAACCUACAUGGCGAGAAGUUCUAUAACCGGGGCCUUGCCUACUGCCACAGCAAGCUGGCCAAUGUGCUUUUUACCCAGGAGUUAGCUCGGAGACUAAAAGGUACUGGAGUAACUACAUAUUCUGUGCACCCUGGAACUGUCAAUUCCGAGUUGUUCCGGCAUUCAACUUGCAUGAAACUGAUAUUUAAGCUGUUCUCCUCCUUUAUUAAGACCCCGCAGGAGGGAGCUCAGACCAGCCUGUAUUGUGCUGUGACCGAGGGCCUUGAGCCUCUGAGUGGGAAACAUUUCAGUGAAUGCAGUCCUGCAUGGAUUUCUUCCCGGGGACGCAACAUGACAACAGCAAGGCGCUUAUGGGAUGUUAGCUGUAACCUGCUGGGAAUCCAGCAGGACUGAUGGAUGGGGUGGUCUGUCACCAAAGAGCAACUUCAGACUGCUUGGUUUUAAAGUGCCAAAAGGACUUCUACAAAGUUUAUUCAAAGGGAGCACAAUCCUUCUUCUAAUAACACAUUUGCCUACUUGACAUCAGGGUAAUAAUCUAAUGCACUGCCAGAUCUUUCUAUGUCUUUUUUACUUGUAUGUCUCUGCCUUGUCUCUGUCCUUGCCAGGGCUAUUUGUAAUAUUACAGGUCAGUAAGACCCCAAAUUAUGUGGGCAGAUAAUUCAUUCUUUCUAUUCACCUCUAGGUGAAUGGGACCAAACUUUCAAGAGGGAAGGAUUAUAAUGAAAGUUUAGCCCUCUUUGACCUUUAAUUGCAUAGUGUCAAGUUCCUAUCAAACUGAUCUUCAUCUUCAGGAAAAUAGUUCUGUAGACCCUUCUUCAAGACCAUUCCCAGGUUCCUCCUUUGGUAAAACCAAUCCAAAACUGAUGUCUAGACUUACUCAGGAAAAUCUUUAUUAAAUCGAGACCUUUGACUCUUUCCUUUGAGCAUCUUGAAGCCAGUGUAAUUAUGGUGGAGCAGGCUGUGUUUCUAAUAGGAUAGCUUAAAAAUUUUUUUCCAACCUAAGGAUCAGGCUUCUCAUUUCCUUCUUCCUUUUCCCUUAAUUUCUCUUUGUAAAAAGUCAGAAGGAAGAGGGCAAGGCUAUUUAAUUAUUGUUCAUCACCAGUCACAUGUAUGACUGGUUUAAUUAGUGACUGUUAUCAAACAGUAGAGAUUGAACCCAUUGUUACACAACAGAUAAUAUGAAUGAGAGAAGGGAACAAUUGUCAUUUGAUCUUCCUGUUCAACAGAGUCUAUUUUUCUUUGUAAUUUUGCCCUUCUGGGUCAUUGAUGAUUACAAAACAGUUAAGUGACUAGGUCUUCCUUUCAGUUGUAUCUUUGUGCAAAUGGUGGGGGAGUAUGUGGAGAAAUUAGACAGAAAACAAAGAAUUAGAAAAGGCAGGGUGGGGUUGUUGCAAGUUGAAUGAUGGUAACAGAACAAAUUGUGGGGUCAAAAUGGUGUUAUAAGGAGUAAAAGAGGCUCGUCUGUGAGAUAGUAGAUAAACUAAAAUGGCAGUCCUAAUCCAGCACUAAUAGAGCUGGGGAAAGCACCUUCAUACUGUAAGCAAUCUUUUUCUAUAACCCAGAUGAAAACAUACUGAAAUUAUGCAUCAUUUUAUUCAAUUUCUAGGCAGCUAGGUGGCACAGUGGAUAGAGUACUGGGCCUGGAGUCAAGAAGAGUUCAAAUUUAACCUUAGGCUCUAAACUGUGUGACCUUGAGCAAGUCAUUCAACCUCAGUUUCUUUAUCUGUAUAAUAGCACCUACCUCCUAGGGAUGUUAUAAGGCUCGAAUGUUGUAAAGUUCUUAGCUGAGUACUACUGGACAUUGACUGAAUAUUAUGUAAACAUUAGCUAUAAUAAUAAUAAUAAUAUUAUUUUAGAGUAUUUGUUUAUCAUUGGGAUUAUGUAGAUACAUUUAGAACUGCUACAUGUGGAAUUUAACUUUUUAUAUCAUUAAUGCUUGCAAAGAAAAACAUGGGGAUUAGAAAGUGUUUCUUUUCACUGUUCAGAGUAUGGUGACUUGCUAGAGUUUGGAUGUUAUUUUUCCAGUACUGACAUUUCAGAUGUUUAACUUUGACGAGGUAUAAUUUUAGGCCUACUUAUGAUUACAUUUCUCUUUUCCAUAUUGUCAUCAUUGUGGCCUAGAAAACGGAUCUGUUAUUGCAGCAGAGGGGAAGUUUUUCUGUUUUAUAAGACAUUAUGAUAGAACAAUUGAAUUAACACUGGUUUUUAACUUAUAUGGAAUGGAACAUGAUAAAUAAAAAUAGAUGCUAUUCA